AUGCAUAUCCCUCGGGAUCACUUCAGCACAGCCUAUAAUCGGCUCAAGCGCUCAGCCUCGGGUACCGUCCCAUCGGUCCUUAUCCUCACUUCUCUGGAUGUCGACUCCCUCUGUGCCUGCCGAAUGCUCACUCGACUGCUCAAAACCGACUACAUUCCACAUAAGCUCCACCCGGUCGCAGGGUACCAAGACCUUACGAAGGCGAAUAAGGAGUUUAUAUCAAAUAAUGACGAUCUCAAGUUCCUGAUAUUACUUGGCGUGGGAGGAUUAGUUGAUAUUGCAGAAUUUUUGGAACUGAAGGCCGGGGUUGAAUGUUGGGUGCUUGAAUCGAGACGUCCGUGGAAUUUACAGAAUAUAUUUGCUGGCCCUGGGGGGGAAGGGUUCGCGGUUGUGGGCAGAGACGGACAUGUUUCGGAUGAAGGUGGGGUGGUAUGCUGGGAUGAUGGCGACAUUGUAGAUUUCCUCAAACCAGAGCAGGAGGCUUAUCGAAGAUUGAUCGAAAUGCAAGAGGAAGUUGGAGAUAUUGAAGAUUGGAAUAGUGAGGACGAGGAAGACGAUGAAGAUGAGGAGUUCGCUGAGAAUAGACGACUUAACAAUGGAUAUGGUGAUGGGCCAGAGGAUACUUCAUCUUCAACCAAUAGUCGAAAGCGAAGAAGCUCCAGCGAAGAUGAAGAUGAGGACGACCAAGAAGAGGAAGGAUACUCCGACGACGAUAGGAGGAGAAGGAAGCGGAUACAUUCCGGAUCUAGCACACCGGACUCCUCUCCACACGCCUACUCCCACCUCCUCCAUAUCCACGGCCCAAAUGCGACAGGUACUACAAGCAGCAAUACCACAAAUGCGAACACCACUCUCACCACCGCCGCCGGAAACACCACAUCUCUCACCGUCCCAACCACCGGCCCAUCUCCUCUAACCGGACCCGCUCUCCGCGCCCAGCGCAAGAACUUCCUCCAGCUUCGCCGUAAAUACAACAAACUCCUCACCGACUACUAUUCAACCGGCAGUACCUACGGCGAACCCAUCUCCUCACUAGUCUACUCCCUCGCCUCCGAGCUCGGCCGUGAAGACAACGACCUCCUCUGGCUCGCCACAAUCGGUUGGGAAGCUCAGCAGAUGUACGGUCGACACAUGCACUCCUUCAGUGGUGAUCAAACCCUCAACUCCCUCUCAGCACGCAGUCUUGGUGUCUGGGGUGUUCUUCGAGAUGAAGUCCGUCGUCUAAACCCACCAACAAUAUCCGGUGGAUCCAGUGGUAUAACCUCCAACACCAGUUUGUUCACACGAGCUACAACGGCAGAAGAUUAUAGUCUACGUCUAUCUCCUGAAUUUCGGUUCAUGCUUAUUCGCCACUGGAGUUUAUACGACAGCAUGCUGCACUCACCUUAUUUGGCAUCUAAGUUACAUUUGUGGUCUGAAGCUGGGAAGAAGAGGUUGGCGAAGUUAUUGGCGACUAUGGGUAUGAGUUUACAGCAGUGUAAUCAAAAAUAUGUCUACAUGGAUAUGGAUUUGAAGAAAGGGUUGAGGGAGAAAUUGGAAGUCUAUAAAGCACGAUAUGGACUUGAUGAGAUUGUCAGAGAAGGUGUAGUUCGGUGUUGGGGGUGGAAUGGGUGUUUAAGUGCUGGAGAUGUGGCGGUCGUCGUUGGUUGUUUAUUGGAAGUUGGAAAGAGCGGUAAAGCCAAAAGGGGAGCAUCAGGGCCUAGCAAAAAUGGGAAGAAGGGCUCGGUGGCAGCCUCGGAGGAAGAUUUAAACGCUGCUGCUGCCAAGUUGGAAGAUGAAGAAGUUCAAGAGAGUAUUGCGAACUUCCAGGCGGCGUAUGAUGCGAUUGAAGAUAUCGAAUCCCUCAAAGCAUCCCUUCCACUAGCAAUGACACUCCACCGAUCCAUUCUCAGCGCGGGUACUGCCUUAAUUGAGAAACGACAGAUCAAGCAUUUACGAGCAUACCGUUUAGCCGUUGUAAAGGAAGGACCUGACGUCGCGACAUUCACCAAUCCAUCUGCGCUGACAAAACUGGCGUUAUGGCUCGCAGAGGCGAUUAGAGAACAAGAGUUGGAAAAGGGAGUAGGAAAGAAGAAGGGGUUACCAUUGGUUGUUGCUGCUUUGAAUGAAGCCCGUGGUUGUUAUAUCAUUGUCGGAACUGGGGUAGGGAAUGUUGAAGGGUGGAAUCUUGAGGGGAGGAAAGUAUCAAUGCAAAUGGAAAAUGACAAAGCUAAGGAGAAGAAGAAAGCAGAGAAAGAAAAUGAAAAGAAGAAGAAGAAGAGUAAAAAAGGUAAAGAAAAUAACGAAGAUGGGGACGAGGAAGAGGAAGAGGAGGAGGAAGAAGAAGACCCCUCAGAUGAAGACUCAGAAGACUCGGACUCAGAUUCCGAAGAUGAAGACGAACACGGUCGAAGGAAAGUUCUAGGCAGGAACCGAUUUGGAAUAGCAUUCCAAGAAGUCGCCGGUGAAACUUCGGCCCGUGUUAGGAUCGAUAGCUUCGAAGCUUGUGUCGUAGAAGUCAAGAAGGACGACUUGGGAGGGUUUUUGGAAGGGUUGAGUAUGAAGAGUAUUGUCGGUUGA